AUGCUCAGGUGCGAUCAUCCAUCGAAAGUAUGCGAUAAUAUGCUAUCGGAACGUGAGCAACUUUCGUGUCUGGUUCAACAAUGGAACGAGAAUCGCCUCGAUCUGUUCCAUCUUUCCUAUCCGACGGAGGAUUUGGAAAUCGAAGGAGUUAUGCGAUUUUAUUUUCAGGAUGGCGGUGAAAAGGUUUUAACGAAAUGCGUUCGAGUCUCGUCAACUGCUACGACGCGUGCCGUCGUCGAUGCACUUCAAGAGAAAUUCCUACCCGAUCUCAAAAUGCUCUCAAACGACACUUAUUCGCUGUGGGAGGUGCAUGAGAACGGCGAUGAGCGACGGCUGGAUGAAGAGGAAAAGCCACUACUCGUGCAAUUAAUGUGGCACAAAGAUGAUCGAGAAGGUCGAUUUUUGUUGCGACGAAACAUCCAUCCGUCGACGCCUCUCUCAUCGAUUCAAUUUCAAGAAUCUGACGUGAAAAAUGGGAGGUUCAACAAGAAAAAAGAGAAGGAGUUGAGGAAGAAGCAUCAGCAGAACAAGGAAAUCGUUCACGUGAAUAGUGGACGAGAAGAAGCCCAAAACGCUGAUGAUAUUUACAAGCAAGUUCCAUUCAACACAUUUACUCGUACAAUUUCAAAUCCGGAAGCUGUUAUGAGGAAACGGAGGGAGAAGAAGCUUGAGACAAAGCUCAAAGAAAUGACAUAUGGUGGCUCAUUGAAAGUUUACGGCGCGGAAAUCAUUCCAUCUCGACCAUAUGUAACGAUUUUGGCUGGAAUGCACGACACGGCUGAAAGAAUUCUCGCCGAAUCAUUGGAAAAAUAUGGUUUGGAUAAUCAUGCCGACGAGUUCAUGCUAGUAGAGAUAACCAAUGGAAGCGACGAGCCGCGCAAGAGUAUGUCGGACCUUCGCGAGAUGGACGGCCGGCCGAUCAAUCCGCACGAGUGUCCGCUGGUGCGAAUGGCGGCGCAGAGCGGCGAAAAUGGAUUUGAGUCAUUUCUGGCGAUCAAAAGAAAGCCGCAUGAUUACCAAAUACCAUCGACUUCUGUCAUCCCGCAAACGGUAACAAUACCGCAGCAACGAUCACCGGUUCCCAGGAAUCUGCCGACACUCACCAUAUUGAAUCCAGAUCGCACACUUUCGACACAUCAAAUUGUUCUACAUCCGGGAUUGACGGAAGUUGGAAGUGAUCGCGAGAUGUCAAACUUCUCGCCUCACAAUAUUUAUCUGGACGGUUUCGACAUUCGCGGCCGGCACGCAGCCAUCGCCAUUAUGGAAGGCGUCGUCACGUUGACGCCAUCGACACCCGACGCGUAUUUGGAGAUCAACGGUGCUCAAAUAAUGCAGACGGAGAUUCUACGCGACGGCGACACGAUUCGAAUUGGAGCCGACAAUUUGUUUCGAUUUGGAAUGCCGCGCGAUUCUUCGUAUGGUGAUAUGCCCGAUUCACGAGCUUCGACCACACGAUGCGGAGUUCAAUCGGACUAUGGAAGCUUGCCGUUGAAUGGCAACGACUACUAUCCGCCCAGCGUAUCUGGCAGCUCGGACACCUCGAAUCAUCAAAAGAGCCACCAUCACGACGAUCAAACGCAUAGCAAUAACAUGCUGCCCUCAUAUUCCAAAAAUGGUCUUGAAACGGUGCCGAUUUCGAUUCAAAUCGGCGAUUACAAUGUUUGGGACUUUUUGGGAGAAGUGAUGUCCCUUCGAGCCGCCACUUCACCCGACACGGCUUCGUUCCGACUAUCGCCUGCUUACGCUCUUUAUCUUGCCCUACGAUUUUUCCACAACCACUCGAAGCCAUAUGUUGUUCAAUUCUUUGGAAGGAUUGAGACCAACUUUCGACAAAUCGCAUCGGAUUACUCGUCGCGUGAUGACUUGAUUUUUUGGCUCGCGAAUGCCUCGGAAUUGAACAAUUUGAUUGAAAUGGACGGCAAGUUGAAAGCUGCGAGAUUCGGCAAACUUGGAAUGGAAAUUGAGAGAAUCUUUCGCAAAUUGGUCGGAGUCCUUCAAGGCGCAUUGCGACCUGUGACUCGCCCAUUGUUGAAUACGAGUAUCGCUGAUCGAGAAGCAACUAGUGAUUUGAUCAAUUUCUUGGAUGCGUCUCUUCGCGUUAUGCGAUCUUGCUAUCUGAAUCCAGCGCUAACUAUACAGUUAUGCGCUCAUAUGCUUCACAUAAUUAAUGCCUUCUUGUUUAAUAAUUUGGUCGCCGUCGGAUUUCCGCCGAUCCCACUAACCAGCCGGCUUGGCAAAUGCCUUCAGAAUCGGCUAGACUUGAUCUAUCGCUAUUGCGAAAGAAUGGGCGUCGAGCUGCCAGCCGAAUGCCAUUUGGAUCGAACUCGUCAAGCGGCGAAUCUGCUCGCGGCGCCGAAAAACGAUGUUGCCGCUUUGGGAUCGACGUGCUACAAGUUGAAUAGCCUACAGGUUGUUCAUUUGUUGUCGUCGUUUGAGCACACGAAUGGCGAGAUUCCUUGCGAUGAUGAUGUGAUUGAUCGAAUUGUGCGUCUUGCCGAGAAGCAGGCUGAUCAGCUCACAUCAGAAGAUGGGCAACGCGUGACUCUCGAGGAGGCCGAUGAUCUCAAUAUGCCAUUUUUGAUACCACAAGAUGGCUAUUUUAUUGAAGGCCUAAAAAGCGUUCCCGAUGGUUUGUGGCAGUAUUUGCAACAAUUGCAAAAUCGCCGACUGUGCCAUAGUGUGUCGAAGCAUGGAAAUGAGGUACCGCCGAAUCGUACAGUGCCGCAUAUUAUGAGCGCCUCGAUGACGGAGCCGAAGCAGCGAAUCGAGCCGAUUGUGCGGAGUGUCUCGCAAACGACACUAACUAGCAUUCCAACGACACAAUUUGGUGACAGUUUUGGCAGCAUGUCGGCAGCAUCGGAACCAAUUGUUCGAGUGACACUUCACAAAAAUGGCGGUGGCAUUGGAUUGAGUAUUGUCGCGGCGCAGGGAGUUGGCGACAGACGUAUGGGAAUCUAUGUGAAGAAGGUUGUCGAAGGAACGCCGGCUGCUCUUGACGGAAGGCUCGAAACCGGAGACCAACUACUUUCUGUCAACGGUCACUCCCUAUUGGGAAUUUCUCAAGAAGAAGCUGCAAAGCUGAUGACGAGCAGCGGGAAUGAUGUUCAUUUCGAGGUUCGCAAACGCGCGGCUCAUCGCAAUGGGCUGAGUGCUUGGCUGGUUGCCAACACACCGACGACUUCAACGGCUUCCCAUCAUUUCGUGCCUCCGUCUCCGUCGAUGUCGUCUGCUUCUCAUCCGCCACCGCCACCGCCACCUUCGUAUUCGCACGCGAGCCGCAAUUCGGUUGAUGCGCCGCCGCCAAUGUACAAUGGUCAUCAUGGAAGGAAUGGUUAUCAGACCAAUUCGGUGCAACCAAGUCGAAAUAGCGCAUUUGUCACUCCAAUGGCAGUUGGCAGCGCGAACUCUCAUUUGCAGCAGCACAUGCAAAUGCACAACAUGGCUCACCAGAACGCCACGGACUCGACGAGACAUUAUCGAUCGAGCUCUGCAUCGGAUUUGAUUCAGAAUGAUGCGAACGCUUCCUUCUCGCAAUCGUCGCUGAACAGCGCUCGCAGCAGUGUGUUCGAUAAGCUUCCGGCUCAUUAUCGGCAUUCGGCACGACCAACCGUCAUCCAGCCAGCGAGGCCUGGAGCACAAUCGCCGUCAGCACUCCGACGAGGCGCUCAAUCACCAUCGAAUUUGUAUCGACCUACAUCGGCUUCGAACUUGUUCGCGCCUCCGCGACAAGCCACUGCUCUUGCCGGAUAUUCAAGCACAGCCGCUCGAGAGAGCACACAGGAUCUUCAUAGAGCGGUGAGUAGACUGAAUGAUCUUGACUUGAACUCGCCGUUGGCUCGAUCCACUCCAAAUGAGGAAGACUAUCAUCGGCACCGCAUUUCGAGCAACUAUCAUCAACUUCCAGUGGUCCAUUCAAGACCAUCGAGCGUGUAUGGCUAUCAGAGCCAAAUAUCGCCGUCGACAUCGUCGAUAACUGCGAAUGGCGUGUUCAAACCUACUACUAACCUGAGUGGAGUGUCAACCUCACCCCGAGUGAACGUCAACUCAUCGAGAGUCUAUUCAUCGCCUCCUCAGGAGCCGGCGGUUGUUCGACCGGUCGAAUUGAAUAUGCCGACGACGAAAUCAACUUCAGUUCCGCAUAUCAAAGGCGCUGUACCGACGGCGAUCACUCAGGCUCUUCAACUACAGCAAUCGAACGGAGCUCCAUUGCGACAGAUUCGGCCGCCGUCUGGUUUGCGAGACAAACUUUUGGACGCCGAUGUGCGUCAAUUGGAGAAAACGAACAUUGCGCUGAUGAGCUAUGAAGCUGUGAAUGAGGAGCUCGACAGGCUCGACAUGAAGGGACAUAAUAUGACGGAAGAGGAGACUCGCAGGUAUCGAGAAUUGCUCAACGUUGCUGCUGAGCAGAGUCGCGCGCGAAGGCUUCUCGCCGAUGUCCGACCGCCGGCUCAUAUUGAGCGAAACAUUCCGGUGGUGGUGCAGAAGACGCCCGAGCCGGCGAAGACGCCUCGCACAGAGACAGUGAUUGAUGAUGUGCCGAACUCGAGUUCGAGCAUCGAGAAUGUGUCGCCGGUGUCGCAGCAGGAAUCGAAGCGUGUCCAAUUCAUUGAUGACUUGUCAGCUGCGGACGUUCCGGUGUUGGACUCGCCUGGGAUUGUUGGCACAAAUGAGAUCUACCGUGAUCCGAGACAACGGCGUCUGAAUGAGAUACAGCAACGUGCGAAUAACACCGGCUCGGAUGGUGCGAACUUGGGAUUCCGCGACAAGCAACGCCUCUUCGCACGUCAACUUGGUGAAGAGGGCACGCCACGGCAGCGCAUCGACGUUAGCAGUGCGCAGCGUCAGAUUGAGUCCGAGACGAGCCAAAAUUAG